AUGCCCUGGGACGUACUAUGUCUCUACCUCGCAGUAUCACCACGGCCAAUCAGUGCAGUUCUCGUAAAGGAAUUCCCAAAGGCACAGAAACCAGUCUACUAUGUCAGUCAAGUCCUCAAAGGCCCUGAGAUAAGGUACAGUUUGGCCGAACAACUGGUGCUCGCAUUGAUCAUUGCAGUCAGAAAAUUGAGGCCUUGCUUUCAGUCCCAUACGGUUCAAGUGAUGACCGACCAACCCAUCAAACAGAUCCUACAUCGACUAGAGACAUCCGAAAGAUUGCUAAAAUGGGUAAUUGAAAUGAGUGAAUUUGACAUUGAAUUCAAGCCAAGGACUGCCAUCAAAGCGCAGGCUCUGGCAGACUUUAUUACUGAGCUCACCACCCCAGCAGAAUCCCCGGAAGGGCAAAAGACAGAUUGGAAGGUUUUUGUGGACGGUUCUUCAAUUACGGAAAGAUCGGGGGCAAGAAUCAUAAUGAUUGGACCAGACUCCGAGGAAUUGGAAUACUCACUGUGCUUCGAGUUCCUCGCCACUAAUAACGAUGCUGAGUAUGAAGCAGUAAUCACAGGCCUAGGUCUGGCAGCUAGGCUGGGGGUGUCUUCGAUAGAGGUUUGCAAUGACUUGCAGCUGAUAGUUGGACAGGUGUCGAGGGAAUAUGAGGCUAAGGAUGGAAAGAUGACAGCCUACCUGAUGAAAGUAAGGGAUCUAGAAAAGGGGUUCGCAAGUUUCAGGAUGACAAAGGUCCCACGAAAGGAAAAUGAGCGGGCAGACGCACUAGCGAAACUCGCAUCAGCAAACCCAAGAAAUCUGUCGCGAACAGUGAAUGUGCAAGUCUUGCAGCAACCCAGCAUCCAACGCUGGGUCGAGGUGAAAAAUAUUGAGUACGGGGAAAGCUGGAUGGAUCCGUUAAUCAAGUACCUCACAAAAAAUAAAACACCGGAAGAUCCCUUUGAAGCUAAAAGGAUGCUAUUUGAAGUACAUGCUGGGACUUGUGGUAAUCACCAAGGGGCAACAUCCCUUGCUUUCAAAAUUCUACGGCAAGGCUACUAUUGGCCAACCAUGAAAAGAGAUGCCAAAGAACUAGUAAGAAAGUGUGACACAUGUCAACGACACGAAAAUUUGAUCCAUGUCCCAGUCAAGCAGCAGGUAACCAUAUUUGGAGUAUGCCCAUUUUUUCAGUGGGGGAUGGACAUUUUAGGUCCUCUACCUUUAGCCAAGGGGCAAAGGAAGUUUUUGCUGGUCACCAUCGACUACUUCACCAAGUGGGAAGAGGCAGAACCACUUGCAACCUUCACGACUGCAAACGUACAUGGUUUUGUAUGGAAAAAUAUAAUAUGUCGAUUCGGGAUACCCAGGGUAAUGGUGACAGAUAACGGCAGACAAUUUGACAAUCAUAGCUUCAAGGCUUUUUGUGCAAAUUAUCACAUCGACCAUAGAUUGACUUCGGUCGCUCACCCACAAUCGAACGGGCAAGCUGAAGUAACCAAUCGAGUCAUUCUUUGGGAUCUGAAGACCAGAUUGGAAAGGAAAAGGCGCUUUGGGCAGGUGAGCUUUCCAAUGUGCUGUGGGUGUACCACACAACUCCACGAAAGUCAAUCGGGGAGACGCCAUUCAGACUAA